AUGGCCCUUCUGAAGAAGUACCAGACCUCCUCUAGCACCUCCGGCAUAAUAUCCUCGGAUACAAGUAUCCAAGUUAACAGCGGCUUAAGCUUAAAACUCGUAAAUUCAUACUUGAAAAUCAAGGCCCAAAAAUUAAAUCUUAAAAAUAAAAAGCCCGAUACUAAAGACUUGAACUUCUUCGACCUCGACCUGCACUUCGACCUGCACCUACACCUUGACUUCGACCUCCAAUCCAAACUAUCCAACUUUGACCUGCACUUCCACAUCCACCUUGACUUCGACUUCAACCUGCACUUCGACUUCGACCUUCAAUCCGACUUUGACCUGCACCUCGAAUUCAACCUCCACCUUGACUUAGACCUUCACAAGUCAAAAAUUAGAAACAUCACAAAACAAAACACAACAAUCAAAACUAAAACUUUGAGCUUAGGAAUGAAAGAUUAA